UAUGUCGUUCAAGGCGGCAUGGAGGAUGGUAGGGCUGCGUAGCUGAACAGAGGGGAAGAGAAGCAUCUUUCGUUGCUGACGAAUGUCAUAAUCAAUUAUCGUGAUCGCAAUGAUUUGACUAGCACUACCGUUCAUCACUAGUAUUUUACAACUUCAUUAGAACAUCUGUCAACGAUGGAAACCAAGAAGCACAGAGUAUAUAAGGUCGUCCUCACCGGAGGCCCCUGCGGUGGCAAAACUACCGGGCAAUCACGUCUGUGCACGUUUUUUGAAAAUAUGGGAUGGAAGGUAUUUAGAGUACCAGAAACAGCAACAGUUCUUUUGAGUGGUGGGAUAAAAUUCACAGAUCUCUCAGCACAAGAGGUGUUGGCGUUCGUACCUCACUCGUGUCCAAUUUGUGUGGCGAAGUGCACUGGACAUGGCAACAGUAGUGAGGCAUUCAAAUUCCAGGAAAAUCUUCUGAAAACCAUGCUGCAGAUAGAAAAUACUUUCUUUGCUCUUGGAGAAUCCUGUAGUAGAGAUUGUUUGAUUAUCUGUGAUAGAGGUGCCAUGGAUGCUUCAGCCUUUAUAUCAAAGGAAAAAUGGGAAAGGAUGAUGUCAUCAAAUGCUUGGAAUUCAGUCGAAUUAAGAGACAAUCGUUACAAUCAGAUUAUCCACAUGGUUUCAGCUGCUAAUGGUGCUGAAGACUUUUAUUCAACAGAGGAUCAUGCAUGUCGCAGUGAGGGUAUAGGUUUAGCACGAGAUUUGGAUUAUAAAGCAGCAGCUGCAUGGGUCGGACAUCCAUAUUUUGAUGUUAUUGAUAAUUCUACAGAUUUUGAAAUGAAGAUCUGCAGGAUGAUUGAUAGCGUGUGCCAAAAACUGGGUAUUGAUACUGGUGAUCGUCUUCGAACAAAUUCAAGAAAGCUUAAAUUUUUGGUUGGGAGCUUGCCGCCUGAUUCACUUUUUCCACCUUUUCAAGAUUUUGAUGUUGUGCACAAUUAUUUACAGACAAACACACCCAGUAUGCAAGCUCGUCUCAGGAAAAGAGGCCAAAAUGGUCACUGGAGCUACAUACACACAAUCCGAAAGCCAAAGAUUCGUGACCAGAUUGUGGAAGUGAGAACUCAGCUCACUCACAGAGACUAUAUAAAUAUGUUGGCCCAAAAAGAUGAUUCACAUUUCACAAUUUUCAAGAAAAGGAGAUGUUUCCUUGUUAAUAACCAAUAUUUCCAGCUGGAUAUUUACAAAGAGCCAUGUCAUCCAAGGUGUAAAGGUCUUGUCCUGCUUGAAACAUACACAAGUGCUGAUGAUAGUGAACUACACAGAAUUCUCCCUCAGUUCCUGACCAUCAUAAAAGAAGUCACGGGCAAUCCUAAUUUUUCCAUGUUCAAUCUCUCCCUACGUGAAGAAUGGGAUACUACAAAGAAAUUCUGUCACUCAUUGCAAGGUACUGUUGAUGAAGCAACUGGAGACAUACAAAAAAAUGGUCAGAAAGAGCCUCAGUUAGUAAAUGGAGUGUAAGAAAAUAUUUAUGUUGCUACUUUCAAAUGCAUAUAGAAGAUGGCAUUGAAAUUAAUCUCAUUUUACAAAGUGUAAAAGUUGUACUUUUCUGUGAAAAUAGUAAGUAAGUUUCCUUUGUUCUUGUUAGUUGAAAUGGCAAGAGCAUUGCUAAAACACACUAAAUUUAUUUUACAGUAGUGUGUUUAGCUGUAAAUAAAUAAUUUUCUUACUGCAGUUAAAUUUUGGCUACAUUAACUUUAUAUUGAAAUUAUAUUAACCACUGAAAGCUCAUUUUAAGAAAAGGUAAUGAAAAAGUUUCAUUUGCACUGAACUUCUACUUGGGGGGGGCGGGGGGGGGGGGGGG